GAGGGACCUUAAAGCUGCGGGGCGGCGAGACUUGGAGCGGCCGGUCCGCGGGCACCGAGGGACGCGGGAGCGGAGCAGCGCGGCGCGCCCGUCGUGUUCUGCGUGUCCUGCCGAGCCCUGCCAGGUAAAAGGACACAGAAAAGAAGAUGGACUGGGGAACUCUGGAGACUGUUUUAGGAGGUGUAAACAAACACUCCACCAGUAUCGGGAAGAUAUGGCUCACAGUCCUGUUCAUCUUCCGUAUCAUGAUCCUGGUUGUGGCUGCAGAGAGAGUCUGGGGAGAUGAACAACAAGAUUUUGUCUGCAACACACUUCAGCCUGGCUGCAGAAAUGUGUGCUAUGACCACUUUUUCCCCAUCUCUCACAUCAGACUCUGGGCCCUGCAGCUGAUCUUUGUCUCCACACCUGCGCUGCUGGUGGCCAUGCACGUGGCCUACACCAGGCAUGAGAAGAAACGGCGAUUCAGAAAUGGUGAGAAAAUUGAUAUUGAAGAGCUAAAAAAUGAAAAGAUUCACAUCCGGGGACCCCUGUGGUGGACGUACACCAGCAGCAUCUUCUUCAGGAUCGUCUUUGAAGCUGUCUUCAUGUAUGUGUUCUAUUACAUGUACGAUGGGUAUCAGAUGCCCCGCUUGGUGAAGUGCGAUGCUUGGCCCUGCCCCAACGUAGUGGAUUGUUUUGUGUCUCGGCCCACUGAGAAAACCACAUUUACUAUUUUCAUGCUUGCUGUGUCUGGGAUCUGCAUGAUUUUGAAUCUGGCUGAGUUGUGUUACCUAGUGAUAAAAAUUUGCAUGAAAGAACCCAGGAAAACAACAGUUUUGAAAUAACUCCCAAGUUUCAGGAUCUCCUAGCUCCCCAUUUCCCUUAAACUUUCUUAGGUGUCAGAGAACAAUAAGCAAUAUUUUCCACACUCAAGGAAAAGCAUAAAAAUGAAUGUUCAUUUGUGUUUAAAAAAUUAUAUCCUCCCUGGGAAGCUGCUACUGAUGCAGGUUUUAAAUAUCAUGAGCUAAUUCAAUAUUCCUGCAUUCAGAAAUAGAGAGGAGCCUUCUGGCAGCAGCCUUUCCAAGUAUGCCUGCUGUUGGCCCUCUUGUUGGGACAGAGUCAUUUUUCAAAAAGUGGGAAUGAAAAGCACCAGAGAAGACUCUAAUGCCCAAAGGAGAGCCAGGAAUCACAAAACCACUAUGUCAGCUCAGAGGGAAGCCAAUAACAAAGGGUUUUGGCUAAAAGUGGGGUAAAAGGUUUUUGUGGGACAUUACAGCUUGUGAAAAGGAAUAAGACAAGGGGUAAUUGUGUUUAUAGUAGAUAUCCUCUCUAAGUAAUCUAGAGAGCAAGGAAAUGGCCUAGGAACACAGGCACUCCAUGGCAAUGCAUGCUAUCAGCUCUGCUGGGCACCAGCAAUGGCUUUUAUCUUUUUAUCUUUUUGUCUUCUUGCCUGCACUAAGAAGCAUCUCCUACAGGGUUGGAUAUGGCCAGUCUCAACUGCCUGUGAAUGUCAUUGGACCAGUGCUGCCUCCCCAUAGUCACAGAUGCUGCAGCAGUGGGAGGAACAAAAUUCAUUUUUCAUUCUCUAGAUCAGGUGAAAAAAAGGACUGUCACCUCUGAGAAGGUGCAGUGCAACUGUCUUCCUCCUUCUCUUGUUCUCCCCUAAUACUUUGUGAAGAACCUCAGUACAGUAGACUGUACUCGAUGAAGAGACUUUUUACCACCUGACUGUGCCUCACUUAGCUGUGUACCUUUCAGUAAAAACAGAGAAAAAUUGCCUUGCUUCAUUUCUGUUUGUCAUCCAAAAGAAGUGCUUCAACUUACAGCAUGAUAUGGAGUGCUCCUUCCAUGUACCCCUUUUUUCCUAUCCAACCUGCACAGCUUUUCUUCAUAAAACCUUUUCCCUAUCUGAUGUACCUUUCAAAUGAGUCAAGCAAACCACUCCCAAUCUCUCUGACAUUCCACAUUGUGAGAUUAAAACACCAUUCCUUUUCUUACAGUUGGUCUAGCAUAAAUUAGAGACAACUUGCAGAGCUAAAAUAGCAAAGUGAACCAAUCAGAAAUGAGGAGGAACUUGAUAUUUUUCUUAAAGUUCACAUUGUUGAGCUGCAAAUUGUAUAUUACUAAUUUGAAGAAAUAUAUGAGUCAGUCUGACCUUGUCUCAAAACAUGUUUUAUAUCUGUCAUAGGCACCUACACCAGCACAUAUGGCAACACAGUUUUAUCUCCCAAGUGUCUGCUUAUUGAACCCACUUCUAGAAAGCUGGCUCUCUCUCCUCCUGAGCUUUAAUUACUGGCUUUUCCCCAAAAUGAAUAAUCACUAGCUCACCUUCUCUCUUUGCAUUCAUCUUUUACUGUAUGUUUAAAUUUGUCACUGUUGGAGUAAACAAAGCUGCAUGAAUUAAGGCCCAUGGCCCCUCACUGUGCACUGGAAGCGGAGCAUGAACAGGCUUCCAUUGCUUGUGAGCUACAUCAAGUCAAGUGUUGCAACUUGACUGCAGAUGGAAAUCUGUUAUCUAAGAGGGGAGCAAGGAAACCAUGAAAACACCAUCCUCAGAAGCAUGAACAAAAAGAUAGUCAUUCAUAAUGAGCUGGACUGGAAACUUGGAGGGCGAAAACAUCCUUAAUUCAACUCCAAAGAACAAAGUUUGGCACAUAUCAGGUUUGUACUUGAUAGAGUUCCUGCAUUGUUCCAUACACAAGUACAAAGAGAACGUACUAUCUAGUGCCAGUGCUCUAGUAUUACAUUUCUUUUGUAACAAGAUUUUUAUUUUUUUCUGAAAUUAUAAUUAAAGCACAUAUAUGUGUGUGUGUUUUCUGUAUUACUUGUACAUGCUGUGUGUUACCUAAUGUGUCUAAUGAAAUCUGUUUUACUACAACGGAAAAUGUAUGCACCAAUCCUACAUUUAAUAGCCAAGGUCUAGUGAAAGGAUUUUAGUCUUCUGCUGCAGGUUGGUUUUUCAGUUGGUUACAUUGCCUGUUAUACUGAAGUUUCGUGAGCUCACAGUGGACGAUCCACGUAUGUGCUCUACAUGAAAUAAAAUAUGCUGCGUAAGACAGCCUUGUGCUGGCAGAAUUGCGGCUGGAAAAGGCCAGUGAUAAAUUACUUCACUAGCUCUAUAGAGAAGAGAGUUCGUUUUCCCAGCCUGCCUUUGAAUUUAGCUGGAACUUGAAAUGAGACACACCAAAGCCAUUAACACUAACACGAUGAAGUUAUCUUCAACUAGCAGUUUGGCAACCAGAUCAUCACACGGGGUAAAAAGAUAGAACUGGGGAAAGUGUCUGGAAAUAGCCGAGAGACGGCUUUGAUCCAGGACUGCAGCAUCAGGCAAUAAUAGCUCUACCAGGACAUAUUUACUGUCUCUCAGAUUUAUUUUCUGUAUAUAUUUAAUUUGACUGAAUAGCUGCUUUAUAUGGGGAAAAAAAUUCAGAUACUUUAUAGGAAAUGGGAAUUGCACCUGUUUCUGCAUAUGCUACAUUGUAUAGCUGACCUUCUACAAAUGGAUUUCUUAUAGAUUAAAAUACAAUGCUGUUUUGAAAUUGUGUUUGUUCCUUCUGGAAAUGCACUACAUUUGGUACUUGGUUCCUGGGCUUUCCUCAGAAUGAAGGUUUCAAGAGUGUUGAAAACUGAAGCUGCAAAUCUGAGGUCAUUACUAUUUCCUCAUGAGGCUGAUUCCUCACUGUUCAGUGUCCAGUAAAGUCAGGAUAUAAAAUGUCAUUAAUAAUGUGUUAUCAGAAGUGGGAGGUGUAGGAGUGGGACUGGCUGGAGUUAUAGCUUGACUGAAAUCACCAGAAAAAACCACCAUUGACUUAAUCAGGUUAAACGUUCAUCCAAAACCUUGAAACCAGAACUACAAACAUGUUUGUCAGAAGGGGAAGGAAAGGAGGGGAAGCAAACUUCACUAUUAACUCAGAGAUGCAUCUAGAGAAAAAACCCUAACUACUGUGGGAGAAAGGCGGAUUUGAAAGGAAGUCAGAAGUAUAAAUCUGUAUUUAUGACUUCUGGAUAUAGAAGUACUUUUAUUAAAAGUUUUCUAGACAAAGAUAAAAAAAUCCUUCAGUUGUUUACAGUCAUCAUGAGCCAAUGCACUGUGUUAUUUUGUAUCUGACAGGAAGUAUAUAAAAGACAAAUUAUAUGGUCCAUACAAAGAAGAGCACUCCUGUACCAUGGAAGUUCAAUUCAAAAUAGCAACUCUGUUAAAAGCUGCUUUAUUUUGUAAAAAGUGUACUGCACCAGUAAGCAACACCUGAGAGCAUUUUACUACUAACUAGGUGAAAAUAAAUCUGUUUUUUCCCUCUAAUUAUAGUCCCCUCCCCUGCAAAUUCAGCUAAUGGGUUUUACUAGGCAACAAAAUCACACUCAAAAGAAUUGCACUAUAUUUUUGGUCACCUAUUCUAAUAUUCAGGACGGCCACUACCCUGACUGUUAUUUACAGUUUUAUUUGGAUUUUCACAAUCUUAUUACCUCCACAGUCAUUUGAACCUGUUUGUAGACAGUGGCAAGAGUAAUGGUAACUAUUUGAAGCUUAAUGAGCUAAGACUAAUGGUAAUGAUCUUCAACAUAAUUCAGAAGAUACCUGUAUUUUUUUCCCCAUCUGUCCAACCCAACUUUUACAGAGUAUUUUUCUCUUCUGUAAAGCUGGCUCAGCUCUGACCUGUGUAUUUUCUAUAUAAACGUUCCUAGCCACCAAAAAGUCCUAAUAAGCUAGGUUUGGAAACACAUUAAGCUUUAAUCAGCAUGUCCAGCUGAGGAAACAAGUCACAUCUCAGACUCUCCACCUUUGAGAACAUAGCUUGCUUUUGCUAUGGUUGGUCCCCCGCUACUACUAUGGAAGUCAGCGUCAGAAUUGGUCACAUCAUUGCACAUACCUUCUCCCUUUUUCUGCCAGUUUAAUCACUGCCACGAACUCAAAGUACUGUUUCACAUCUGCCUGCUCUGUUCCCAAAUCCAAUUGAAAGAUAAAGGUGACAACUGUGUCAUGUUCACAGGAAGCAGAACAGUUUAAUCAAGCAUUGUUAAGGUCAUUGCAACAGGUGCCAGAAAAAAUAUUUUAUAAUUAUUGUGUGGUAAAGAUUUCAAACCUACUGUAUGUUGCAUCAUUAGUGUAAUGUCUGCUUACAGUUUGUCAUGUCCCUGCCCUAGGUAUUGCAUCCUUUCCGAGGACUGAGAUUUUAAUAUACAGUUUAAAUAGCUUCCACAAUAUGUCCAGCACAAAUAAAAACGGUCCAUACACUUACCCACACAUGUGUGCACAGAUACAGAGCAACAAACUCACUAAAUCAUUCCCUUGCUGUUAUUUGAUAGAAGAUUGAAUAAGACAUUGCAACGUGGAUUUGUCAGGCAUAAUUUCUGCCUAUGCCAUGAUAAAAGCUUUUGUGUAGAGCAGUAAAAUAGAUAUUAAUGACUCAUUAUCAGAGUAUCAAGAUCCACCAAUGGGAUAAACUUUAUGCAGCUGGGAGGAGCUGCAGGUACAUGGGAAGAUAGGCUUAGGAUUCAAUAAGAUCUUUAUCACUGGGAGAAAUGGCUUAACAAUAGUAGUUUUAGAAGUUAGGAAAGUCUAAAUGCUACCAUUGUGAAACACCAAGCACUUGCAAAACUGUCUGAAGCAAAAAACAGUUUUGUAAAGAUGAGCUAGAGUUUGUAGUAAAACAUCAGUGGAAUAUGAAACAAUAAAAUUGUUGCCUUGAAAAAAAUAUCAUACAGGAAUGCAUUACAGGUUUAUCAAAAAUAGGAUGUUUGAAAUAAAGUUUCCACUUCUGUUAGUACCCGAAAAUCUUUAUCUAGAGCCUACUUUGGGGCACCAUCUGCCCCAAAAGCCCAUUUAUCAGCUGGAGAAAUAUAGGGGUCAGGAAUAAUAUGCCAUCAAAUAUCUAAAACACAGAACCCAUGAGGAAAGACUGGAAGAAAUUAAUUGGCCUGGAAAAGCCUGAGGAAAGACCCAGCAGCAUUCUUCAAAUAUGUAAAAGAUUGUGGCAAAGAAGAGACGAAGAUGUUGCACUUUACAUUCACUCACAAUAAGACAAGAAAUAAUAGGUUUAUGUUGCAAUGGGCUGUAAGGUAGUGACUGCAAAAUCUCUCUGUGAAGAAGGUUAAGUUUUGAGUUGGUUGACAGACUUCAUUACUGAAGAUUGUUAAAUGGCAACUCUGUCCAACAUUUGUUGAGGGUAAUCUGGGUAUAGGACUCUGCUCUAGGAUAGAGGGAACUUCUAAAAUGUGUGAGGAAGGGGAUCUCAACUGAAAGAGUCAGUUAUACAGGUUCCUUUUGCUGAGACAAAGCUCAGCUGUUGAAUCAAAAUCUCUUUCAUAUAAAUUCAAGUCUGUUUGCCAGAGCAGGGUCUAUCCAGCAUGAUCUCUGUCAGCAUGGUUCCUUUGUGCUUUUAGCAAUUGUAAUAAGACAUUCUUUUGUUGUAACAUGUUCCACCUAACAAAGCAUA